CCGUUAAAACCGUUGGUUCACAGCCUCGAAACCUGUCACGGAGCCAAUGGCCAGGGUUGUUCUCUCUCAGCCUCUCAGCGUACCGUCGUCUUAUCCACUCUCUUCCCUUUCCGCCUCCACAAAAUCGUACUACUAUUUCACUCCCGCCACCACAAGAAUCAGACCGGCAACCGCCGGCGGCAGAAUAACUGUCAGUGCCAAGGGCAAAGACGAAACGGGCGAGGCCGACUCUGAUUCUCCCGGCUUCAAUCCGUUUGGGUUCGUGACAGACAAUCCGUCAAGCCGAAGUGCGAUUCAACUUCCUGAGAGCCCCGCUGAGGAUGGAAAUGUCGGGCAGAUGCUCUAUAGGAUAGAGGACAAGGGAAAGGAAUAUGGCUCUUACGUCAAAUCUGGAAAAUUCAGAUGGUUUGUUAGAGAGACAGGGGCCGCCAACAGCCGGCGGGGAACUAUAGUCUUCCUUCAUGGCGCUCCAACACAAUCUUAUAGCUAUCGAGUUGUCAUGAACGAGUUGUCUGCUCUUGGAUUCCACUGCUUUGCUCCUGAUUGGAUAGGAUUCGGUUUCAGUGACAAACCGCAACCAGGAUAUGGCUUUAAUUAUACAGAGAAAGAGUACCAUGAGGAACUGGAUAAACUACUUGAUGUGCUCGGCGUCGACUCUCCCUUUAACUUAGUGAUUCAGGGUUUUCUGGUGGGAUCAUAUGGAUUGACAUGGGCCUUGAAAAAUCAGAGCAGGAUAUCAAAGAUAUCCAUUCUAAACAGUCCAUUAACGGUUUCUUCUCCUGUUCCUGGGUUAUUUCAACAGCUAAGGAUCCCUCUGUUUGGUGAAUUUACAUGCCAGAAUGCAGUUAUGGCAGAACGUUUUAUUGAAGCAGGCAGCGCAUACGUAUUAAAGCUGGAAAAGGCUGAUGUUUAUAGACUUCCAUACUUGUCCAGUGGAGGACCUGGUUUUGCUUUACUUGAAGCAGCAAGAAAAGCUAAUUUCAAUGAUAUUCUAAGUCGGAUAAGUGCUGGCUUUGCUUCUGGAAGAUGGGACAAACCAGGUCUUGUUCUAUGGGGCAUUUCAGACAAGUAUCUACCUCAGUCCAUUGCAGAAGAGUUCCAAAACCAGAACUCAUCAACAAUCCGUCUCAAGCUUAUUGAUGGAGCUGGCCACAUGCCCCAAGAGGACUGGCCCGAGAAGGUCAUCGAGGCUUUGCGGUCGUUUUUCUGAAACUUCCUGGUAAUUUUAUUGUUCAUAAACUUAGUUAUUUUGUAUUUGUUUGCAUUAAUGCUUCAUCAACCAAGCCUGCAUGAAUGAAUUACUUUAUGAAUAUUUCUUCCUGGUAUACCUAGGAAACUAGGGGGAUGUUUGGAGGAAAAAUCUACAUUGUAGGGCGUCCAUUUCGAGGAAUCUUAGGUGCCUUAAUUAACUUCUUUAAUUCCUUAUAUCUCUCUUAAACUAAUCUCCACACUA